CUCUCACAUUUGUAUUCUCUCUCUGCUCAGUCUCUGUUUCGCCAUUUUCGUGCUUUGCAGGAUCAGGGUGGUGCUUUGUUUCUGAUUUCUUUACUUCUUUUUUUUUUUGUCUUACACAAUAGUGGGUCACUCUGUUUUUUUAAAGCGAAUGAUUUUGAUCGUACAAAGUUACUACACCUUCAAAAGAGACCCACUUUGUGACCUGAUGAUUUUCUCUCCCUUUCUCUUCCUCUCUUUCCGUCUCUGAUUUUUUUUCUUGGAGAAUUUGUUUGGUGGAUGCGAAUGUGAUGGAUCAUCUGAAGGAAAAGAAAGCAUCGGUUGGUGAAGAGAAUGUGAGUGAGACGAAGAGCCAGAAAUUUUGUACUGAUUGUAAGACCACCAAGACCCCCUUGUGGAGGGGUGGCCCUUCUGGACCCAAGUCACUAUGUAAUGCAUGUGGGAUCAGACACAGGAAGCAGAGAAGAGCCUUAAUGGGUUUGAACAGGGGAGAAAGGAAAAAGAAAAGACUACGUACUCAAACCUUUACCGUCGCCGCUGCAGGGAAGCAUAAUGGAGACGGCUGGAAUGUGCCUUGGAAGAUGAAGUUGAUGGCUUUAGGGAAGGAAGUGCUGUUGCAGAGUAGAGUGGUGAAGAAACAGAGGUGCCAGAGGAGACGUAAAUUAGGGGAGGAGGAAAAACAAGCGGCUUUUUCACUAAUGGCACUCUAUUGUGGUUCUGUAUUUGAUUAAAAGAGGAAAAGAAAACUAUACCCUUUGUUUUUGUUUCUCUGUUUGUUUCUCAUUCCAAUGAAAUGCAAAGCAAUGGCUAUGUCGAAAAUGUUUUCUGUUAUCAAUUUUUCUUUCAAGACACAGAAUUGAAAGUUUGA